GUUGCCAUUACUUUGUAAUGUGCCUUCCUUGAUGAUGCAAGAUCACCUUUCUGAAGACUCCCUGCACAGGAUAGCCUGGGCUGAAUCUUCUGCCUAUCUCGAUCAUCAUUCUGCAGCAAUAGAAUUAGAAAAAAAUGGCUGGACCAUUAACCAAUGUGACCAUAUGUAAGGACAAAGAAGGAAAACCCAAGUCUUUUGGAUUUGUCUGCUUUAAGCACACAGAAUCAGUGCCUUAUGCUAUAGCUUUGCUGAAUGGAAUCCGUUUAUAUGGAAGACCAAUUAAAGUACAGUAUCGAUUUGGGAGUUCCCACUCACCAGAGUUAAACAGCCCUAGCCAAGGUUUUGAGAACUGGAUUGACAUGUAUUCACCAACGUAUAGGAAUCAAGAGCCUUAUGGCAGUCCUCCAUUUCCCAUUACUCCUUUUCCAAUGAACAAUAGUUUACCUCAGGAAUAUUCAGUCUUUCAAAAGAUGAUGAGCCAUUUUUUAACCCAGCAGUAUGCUGUUUACAGUCCAAUGGAACAGCAGCUUCCUUACUAUCAGAUGACUCCACCACCAUCUUCAGUUUUUCCCAUGCCACCCUAUAUGAAUCCUGUUGAGGAUUUUAAAGCUGGGCAAAGCUCUUUUGAGUGGGUUCCUCCACAGCUGAGCGACUGUGAAUCAUACCUGGCUAAUGAAAAUGCUUGUAAAAGAAAAAGAGAGCAGCAAACUAGUGAUAGUGACAGUAGCAUGGAAAAUGACAGAAAAAAACAAAGAGAACAUGGCCAAAAAUACCGUAAGUGUAAAAUCAAGAAAAAAAGGCACUAAUACUGUGUGACUGAGUUCACAGUUUUUUUUAAUUGCACUUUUAUUUGUUCUUUUUAUUUGAGAGUGAGCAUCUCUCUCAUUUUUGCACUUUACAAAAAUGGAUUCACAAGAUUCAUGACUAUUAUUUUUGAAAUGUAGUAUGUGUAAAGUAUCCUGACAUUGCAGUUAAUCUUAACAUAUUUGGAGGAAGAAAUCCUUCUAAAAAGGUAUAGGAAAAGUAUUGUAAAAGUUGAACUUUUCCUAAUAAAGGACAAAAGCACUAUUGUUUCCCUUAUUUUUUCAUGAAGCAAUGACAACUGUUAUUCCACUAAUACAUGAAGUUUUCAACUUUAGUCAUUCAAGGGUAUUACAGAUGUGUGUUGGAGUAAG